AUGUCAAGCGUACGUUCUUUCAAGCGAGGAAACCAAUAUUUGGACAAAGUAAGGAAAUUACUGUUUUCUAACUCUGUAAAAUUCUCGUACUACUUGAAUAACACGUACUCUCUUGAUACACUAACAACUGUAUCAGAGGUUUCUUUCAUGUUGGCAACACAUGUCGGAAAAUUACUUGAAUUUGAAGAAAUGACAAUAGAAGUUGUCAACGGACCAGACUCUUUGACAUCUAGAAAUAACAAUAAUGCUGCUACAGAGGCAAUGAACAGUGCUUUGGAUGAAAUGCUCGAAUAUUUGAAAUCCGAAAACAGAAAAUACCAAAAAAUUUUCAAAAUUUUACUUAUCGUUUUGGUAAUUUUGAAUGUGAUCGUUUAUCCACUAAUUUUCAUAUCACAAGUCAGAAAGAUUCGCCAGAACAGAUAUGAAAUCUUACAUACAUUGACUACAUUACCAAAGACUGUCAUCAGUGGAAUCUCUGCUUCUCUUUCCAAGACGAAAGAUGGAAAAGAAGGUUCUGAUUCAGAUUCAGAACUAAAUCGUCAGGAAGAAUCGAUCAUUAAGUUGUUCAGUUCCAUCUCCGAUGGUUCCUCUAAGUCCUCCAUCGAAGUUUCCAUAUUGUUCUGCAUAAUUUUCAUUGUAAUUUUGAGUUGCUUAGGAUAUUACACUUCUAUCAACUGUUUCAUGCAAUCCUCCAAGAAUUUAGUAUUCAACAGCCACCAUAUCAACUAUCUUUAUGGUGCUGUUGUAUAUUUAUUCGCAAUUAUUGCAAGAUUAUUCAAAGUUGGUCUUGCAACAGCUUCCAGGAGAUUGGCACCAUCCAUUGUGAGUAUCGAUCAUGAAAUAGAGCUCAUCAAUGAAACAACUCCUUUACUUGUUAGUUAUUUCCAACUAAUUAGAAUUGGAGGACCCGGAAAUGCAGAAAAACCAUUCCCACAGAUGGAACAAGCCAUGAACACAGCUUCCAAUCUUCUUAAAUGCAAAGACGAUAUUGCUCCUCCUAAGACUGUCAUGGAAUCCGUCCAUUGCAUGACUGCUGGACAGCAAUUAUACAUCAGCACAUCAUUGAUCAAAAAAUAUUUCGCACAAAUGACAAGUGAUCCUCCGAUUUAUCCUGAUCCCAGGGAUAUCUCCUUGCAGCAGUUGUUCCAAAUAGGUCCUGUUGAACUCUACCAGUCUUUCUUCGCAAAGGCAGGUAACCAAAUUCUUCCUAUGAUAAGAGAUGAAAUUGAAAAGGAAGAAUCAAAACAAGUUAAUUUUGCUGUCACAUUUUUGAUUUUAACUUUUCUUUUUUCAUUGAUUAUUGUUGUUUUCGCCAAGAAUGAAGAGAAAGUAUUAUUAUUUACAUUGAGAUUAUUCCUUAGAUGUCCACCUUCUUCCAUCAUUGGUAAUCAAAGAGUAAUGGACUUGUUAUCAGGAAAAUACAAUAAUUCUAAUGAAGAAAAUCAUUCAAAACAUGUCACUUUUUCAAAUGAAGUUUGCAACAAAAUUGACACAGUUAUUGUUGUAUGUGAAGAAGAGACAGGAAAGAUUGUUCAAGUCAAUGCAGCUUUCGAGACAAUGUUUUCCAUGAAGAAGAACCAAAUGGAAGGUAAAAACAUCCAUGAAUUCUUCACAGAAGAAAGAUUCAAAGGUGAAGAUUUAGAAAAAGUUUUUUCACAAGAUGCCAAUUUAAUUUACACAAAAAGUGACAAUGAAUUAGUUUAUUUGUAUUUCAAUACGACAACAGCAUGCGGAAAGAGAAUUUAUUUCGGAACGAACCAAACAAUGAAUGUUAUGCAUGAAAAAUUGAUUGAAGAUGAAAAGAAGAAAUCUGAUGCAAUGUUGAAUUCGAUUUUGCCACCAAUUUUGGUACAAAGAGUACAAAGUGGCGAAAAGAAUAUAUCAUUCAGUGUUCAGAGUGUCACGGUGUUAUUCUUAGAUAUUGUUGAAUUUACUCCAUGGUGUUCUUCUCAUGAUUGUCAUUAUGUCAUGAGAAUGUUGAAUAUUUUGUUCAAAGAAUUCGAUGCAAUUACAAAUAGUCAUAAAACAAUGACAAAAAUUAAAUGCAUCGGUGACUGUUACAUGGCUGCUGGUGGUAUAUUUGAUGAAGUAAAUCAACCAGCUGUUCACGCAAGAGAAGUUGUUGAAUUCGGUACUCAAGUUAUCAAGAAAAUUUUGGAAAUCGAUGAAAAUGAAAAUGAAUCAUUGAGAAUAAGAGUAGGAAUCAAUACAGGAGGUCCGAUCGUUGCUGGUGUCAUUGGAACAGAGAAACCAACAUUCGAAAUACUUGGACCUGCAAUUAAUAUCGCUCACGAAAUGGAACAUCAUGGUGUUCCUAUGAAAGUGCACAUCUCUAGACCUGUCUACGAACUAAUUUACGGUCAACAGUUCGAUAUAAAGGAAAGAGGUGAAAUUGACGUCAAAGGAGGAAAGAUGUUCACUUAUUUAGUUGAACCAUAA